AUCCGCUCAGUGUCGCUGCUGCGGCUCUGCGCUUCACUUCAACUAUCAGCUCACAGGGGAGCGGAGACAGCAGGGCGCACAUUUAUAAUCCGGUAUAAUACACUUAAAAGCUCGCCGUUUCAACAUUGGCUCGAGAAAUAUAUCGGGAGGAGGAAAACUGCGUUUUUUUUCCGCGUGUCAGCCGGAAAGCUUCACCAAAUGGCCUGAUCUUCUGUGGAGAGAAAAGGAAAAGCUUUCGACAGAAAUUAAGCUUCUCGGCACAUGAUUCGCUCGAAUUUUCACUCGAUCACUUAAUGCUGGGUGCGAACGACUGGAGCCCCGGUAUGGACUCGAGUAUAAGAGCUGGUGUCAAGGGUGGAUUUCAAUAGAAAGGCUUAAUUUUUUAUUUUGAAAUACAAGAAUUACUGAACUUCUAAACGUUUUGGACACUGUAAGGUUUAUUUGAAAGUCAUCGGAAAUGGGGGCAGGCACUCGAGUUUCCUGGAAGACCGCCGCUCCGGAGCUGAAGGAGUGACUUCGCCGCCGUCGACCCGCCACUGGCUUUCCCUUAAAUAGACGCCCCCCCUCCCCGAUGCCAUGCCCAGUGUCAGCCAAAGAAGUCUCAUAGUUGACCUCCUGAAUAAUAUGUACAGGGAGCAGCCAAUCUUCACCACCAGGGCUCACGUCUUCCAGAUCGACCCGAGCACCAAGAAGAACUGGGUCCCUGCCAGCAAGCAGGCUGUCAGCGUCUCCUACUUCUACGACAGCACGCGGAACAGCUACCGCGUCAUCAGCGUGGAUGGGUCCAAGGUGAUAAUCAACAGCACCAUCACGCCCAACAUGACCUUCACCAAGACGUCCCAGAAGUUUGGCCAGUGGGCCGACAGCAGGGCGAACACGGUCUUUGGCCUCGGGUUCGCCUCAGAACAGCAGCUUGCGAAGUUCGCAGAGAAAUUCCAGGAGGUGAAAGAAGCUGCGAAAUUAGCCAGAGAUAAGUCUCAGGAGAAGCUGGAGACGGCCAGUAAUCAUUCCCAGGAAUCCGGGUGCGAGACCCAUUCCUCUACUCAGCCAUCUAGCAUCAACGGAACCGACGAUGAGAAGAUCUGCCACGUGGGCCCAACGGAUACACAGCUGAAGAGCGAGAACGACCGCCUGAAGGGAGCCAUCGAGCAGGGCAAUGCAAACGCCAAAAAGUGGGAGACGGAGCUGCAGACCCUGAGAGACAGCAACGCGCGGCUGGAAGACGCCCUACAGGAGUCCAGCACCAACGUGGAGACGUGGAAGACGCAGCUGUCUGCAUGCAAGGAGGAGAACGGCCAGCUGAGAGGCAGGAUUGCAGAGCUGGAGGUGCAGUGCAACGAGGUCACUAAGGAGAAGGAGAAGAAUGUCCACCUGACUGCCAAAGUGAAGGCGCUCCAAUCCGAACUCCAGGAGAAGGAGCAGGAACUGGAGAGCCUCAGGGCUCAGGCCGAGAUCAUCCCAAAGCUCAUGGAGGAAUGUGAGAACCUUAACCAGAAGCUGCAGGUCGCCGAAACGAAGAAGAAGGACCUGGAGAGCAGAAUUGGCACACUAGAGGCUGACAUACAGGACAGUCGCCACAAGCAAGGGCACCUGAAGGUGGAGCUGAAGAAGUUCAUGGAUGUCCUGGAUGGAAAAAUUGAUGAGCUGCACGAGUUCCGGCAGGGGCUGUCUAAGCUGGGGGUGGACAACUGAAAUGGUGGUUUGGACCAGCUGUACCAGACACAAAGAUCAUCAGGUUGAGUUCAGUGGUAUCACAUCCCCAAGCAGAUUCCCUAAAAUUAUGGAAAAUCUGGGAAGGAGGGAGACUGACUCUACCUGGUAACAUCUUUGUGAGCCUUAGACCAUACAUCACAGGUGACUGAGCCACUGUAAUGAAUUGGCUCAAUGGGGAUACAAUUGUGUGAACGACAGGUGAAGGGGUACAGUCUUAAAUUUCUUUAUAACUCUUUGUCUAGCUUUUGUGGUUAGAAUCAGGGCUGGGAUUCAUUUCCUAAGGGCUGGUGACUCAGUUGGCAGGAGAGGAGAUUAUCCAGCCGGUAACGUAAUAAGAUUGCGGUCACACAAGACCGGCUUGCAUAAUUCCGAAAUGUAAGGGGGGGAAGCUGAUAUUAGGGCUGUCCGCAGUUGGUUUGAUGAUCUCAGGUGAGACUGAACAGCCGUUUUUGUGCUCUCUGAUAUGCACAUACAUGAACUGCACAGUGUCACAAAGUGCCUCAGUUUUUGUCUCUGAACAUGAAGGCCUUCCACUCACUUAGUGACUUAACGGAGGAUUUGGGGAUUCCUAGGCAUCGCUGCCGUUACUGCGUCUUUGAUCCGUGAGAGCAAAAAAAAAAAACGUUAAUCACAACUUGCAGAUCCUUGAAAUUGUAAAGAAAUCAACAGAUGCGAUCGAAGUGUGGUGGACUUUUUGGAAAGGAGGAUCCGAUCAAACGCAUCCUAUGGAUGUUGUGGUCCUUCUUGGGUGCAAGUGCCUGCUAACAAGGCAUCUCCCACAGCGUGCUGAGGGUGGGAGAGAAGGCAGAGUCCUUUGGUUAGUGGUGCUUUGGAAACCGCUUGCAGGAUUGUAUGUGCAUAAGCUGGAAGGGCCUGGUAAGGGAAGUGUGGCCAGUAGGAGGCGCCCUGUGCCAGAAACCUAAAAUGAGUGCAGUGUUCAAAGGGUUUUGCAUGUAAUGGAUUUAUAUUCAAGUAGAACAAAAUUUCUUUGAAUUUAGUUCAUGUGAGAGAUUUGCUUCCCAGGGUUCUUGGUGGUGGUGGUUGUUUUCUGAAAGAGGUGGCGUGUGUUUUAUUUUUUACUUUUUUCCUUUGCUGCUAGUGUGUGGAACCAUGUUUGCGUAUCAUCUACGAUUUGAUCCUCAGCUUCUGUGGGGCUUUCGGUAGAAGCUGGUGAAGUCUGCCAUUAUCCCGACGCCGCCCUGCCGCCUGCACACUUCCCGUUCUCGCUGUCCUCGCCGUUUGGUCUCGCGUCCCCUCAGCACUUCCCGAAGUCCUUUUAAGAGCACAGUGUAGCGCUGUGGGGAAGCCACUCUCUAAGCCGGGCAGGCGGCUGAUCCUUUUGGCUCGUCCUGUGCCUUUUCUCAUUCUGGAACCCAGUCACCCCCGCCCCCCCCAUCCCCCCGACAGGACUCCUUUUACAAAACGACUACAAUGGUAAACACCGCUCUGACGAGUGCGUGUUUUUAGCCAUUAGCAUCAUUAAACAGGAUUGUUUUGCGCAGAUGGGCUGGUGUUUUUGUCCUUCAGAUUACAAGUGUACCUCAACCCCUCCCAGUGCGUACUGCUGUCAGAGGUCUCUACUGCUGUAUGAUAAACCUAGAACAAACUUUUUUUUUUUUUUUCUUCCUUUCUGGUAGAAUUGAAUCUUACCCACUUUUGUGAUUGAAGGGUUCAAUAUUGUAUCAUACAUACUUGACUAUUGUUCAAAUAUAGUUUAAUUAAUAA